AUGCGUGGGUAUGAAAAGUAUCUGUCGGGGUCGGUCCUGUUGGCCACCCUAGGAGGAGUUCAGGCAAAGCUGGACCUGAAUUCUGCCAAGAACAUUGCCAUCUACUGGGGACAAAACUCAUUGCAAGGGAAUGGUGGCGAGGUCCAACAGCCACUGGGACACUAUUGUGAGAACGAUGACAUUGAUGUCAUCCCAUUGGCAUUCGACAUGAUGAUCAAUGGGCCCGGCGGUGCCCCCCAGGUUGAUUUCUCCGUCACCAGCAACGACUGCGACGUCUUCCCGGGGACCCAGUUGAAGAACUGCCCUAAGAUUGGUGACGACAUUGCAACAUGUCAGCAGAAGGGCAAGACGAUCCUACUGUCCAUUGGUGGUGCAACGUACAGCGAGGGUGGUUUCAAGUCUGAUGACGACGCAAAGGCUGGCGCGAAGCUGAUGUGGGAGACCUUCGGCCCAGUCCAAGCAUCAUCCAAAGCUCUUCGACCUUUCGGAAACGUUAGUCUCGAUGGCUUUGACUUUGACUUUGAGGCCACCGUCACGCACAUGGCAACGUUCGCCAAUGAGCUCCGCAGAUUGAUGGAUCAGGAUACCAGCCGACAGUACUUCUUGACUGCGGCUCCUCAAUGCCCUUAUCCCGACCAAGCAGACAAGGAUAUCCUGAAUGGCCCGGUUUCCAUCGAUGCCGUUUUCGUGCAAUUCUACAACAACUAUUGCGGCGUGAACAACUUCGCCACCGAUGCGACGGCCUCGAAAUACAACUUUGAAGAAUGGGACAACUGGGCCAAGACCGUCUCUCAGAACAAAAACGUCAAAGUCCUGAUCGGUGUCCCCGCCGAUACCACAGCAGCUAGCACCGGAUACAUCCCUGCAUCUAAACUGACGGAGGUGAUCGAGUAUACGAAAAAGUUCGAAAGCUUCGGCGGCGUGAUGAUGUGGGAUGCCACGCAGGCAUACGCGAAUGGUGGAUUUGUUGAAAGUGUGCGCAAAGCGCUUGGUGGUCCUGAUUCCGGUUCGUCGUCGUCGCCGUCCAGCAACGCGGCGUCGACCGCGGUGUCUACAUCUACGUCCACUAACACCCCGGAGACCUCGCUAUCUACCAAUGCACCCGGCUCCUCGUCCUCCUCUUCCUCAUCCUCUGGAUCUGCCUCAUCGUCCAAUGGUCCUGAGCCCUCGGGGACGACCGCUCCCGCCCCGGCAACUACCGCACCAUCACCGACUACCACACCCGCAACGACUGUCGAGCCAGCAGCGACUGCCGAGCCAGCAACGACUGCCGCACCAGCAACGACUGCCGCACCAGCAACGACUGCUGCACCCGAACCGCCUGCGUCCACCUCGUCAACUACGACUACGAAGGCACCGGCCCAGACCUCGGCGUUGUCCGAUAUAUUCGAUGAUGACGACUUUGACAUUGACACCGACUCUCCGGCUGACAAUUACAAUGCUGCAAAUGGAGGCGUAACCAACUCCGUUAACGACGACACUCCCAAGGCGAGCACCCCUAGCAAGGGUCCUCUUGGCCUCAUCAGCCAGGAUCUCUUUGGUCUGCUGCACGGUUUGCAGGACGCCAACACGAUCACUGGGGGUCUUACUCACGGCCUCACCAAAAAUCUUCGUCGUGUCCGUCGCAUCGGAUACUAGGCGCUCCUGGUGUAGUCUUCGUCUUGUCGAAAUAUUGAGAUCUAGCAG